AAUAGGCUUGCGUUGUAGCAGCGUGCUGUUUUUGUGCUAUGUAUGUCUUUCAGAGAUUUGUUCCAUUGGUCUGUCUCUUUUUUCCAUUUGCGCACAGGAGCAUCGUUUAAACAAGGGUGCAGGUUGAUUCCUGAGUUACUCAGAGCAUAUUGAGUCUUACGAGAGAUACUGACGAGGUGACAUGUCAGGUGAUCAGAAAACACCGAAGUCUUUUGCCGGCAUACCAGAGGCUCAAUUUCUGGAAGAUGUUGACAGUUUUAUGAAGGAGCAGGGCUCAGAUGUUACAGUGGAGAAGAUCUUGAAGCAGCUUGAAGAACAACAUCAAAAGUAUAAGUUUAUGGAGCUCAACCUCACAUCCAAGAGAAAAAGGCUGAAAUCUCAAAUUCCGGAUAUUGAAGGAUCAUUGAAGAUAGUUCGUCAGAUGCAGGAACAGAAAGGCACGGAAGGCGUAAUAUCCUCCCAUUUCUUACUGUCGGACCAAGUAUACGCGAAGGCUGAAUCGAAACCAUCAGACUCAGUGUGCCUGUGGCUUGGUGCGAACGUCAUGUUGGAAUACUCUUUGGAUGACGCCAACACACUGCUGUCAGAGAACCUAAACAACGCACAGAAGAAUUUGAGCCAAGUGGAUCACGAUCUGGACUUCCUCAGGGACCAGUUCACGACCGUUGAGGUCAAUAUGGCGCGUGUCUACAACUGGGAUGUGAAGAAGCGACAGGCGGCCAAAGCCGCCGGGGCUACGUUGUGAACUGUAUUUGAAACUGAAGCGGUCCUGUUUUCCUCACAUCAGACGUUCAUUUUUUGCGCUCUCACUUAAAGUCCAUGUAACAAAGCUUUUGAAUCCUUGGUUUGGUAAGAGUUGUCUCUUAACAUUUUCCCGUAAUGCCUAUGAAUAAUUCCUUUUACUUGUGGCAUGCACACAUUGUUUAACUGAAAUUAGCUUUUAUUGGUAUGUGCCGCACAAACGUUGCUGGAAUACAUUGUUGCCAUUAAUACAGGGAA